AUGAAAACGCGUUCCAGCACAUGCCGCUGCGUGAGAUGGGCGCAACUCCUCGUGCUCAGCACGUGCGGAGACAUUCGUGUCUGGCAAGCGGCGGGCUUCGGGCUAGGAGCCCGGCCUUCUGUGCCGGUGCAACAAAAGCAGCACACAGCAACGUGUUCGGCGACACAGGUGCUCAUGUCGGAGUCACAAGCAUCUGAUCGGAGCAGCAGCAGAAGAGGGGAAGGAGGAGCCGAGCCUACAGGCAGAGGAGAUUUCCUGCGCAAUUCCGCCGCGUUUCUCGCCGGAGGCAGCGCCGCAAUCGCGGCGGCAACAACAGCGGGGGCGGGCUUCCCGAGCGCCGCCGAGGCCAUCGGAGACCUGUACGAGUUCAAAGACCAGGCGCGCUUCGCCCAGCACGCCACCGUUCAGGUGCCGGACAUGGCGGCCGCGCUCAAGUUCUACGUGGACGGCGUCGGCAUGAAGGUUAUCCGCACGCGGGCAGGCCCCCUGUUCAACACGACCGUCGUCGGCUUCGGCCCGGAGGCGCUCGAGGUGCCGCCGUCCUUCGUCUUCGGCGUGAGCUCGACGAACGGUUACGGGGGCCACUUCACCCUGGAGCUCAACUCGCAGAAGGAGGAGGCGGGGGCGGCGGAGGACGGGGAAGAGGACGUCGACUUCUUUUACGACCCCGGAAACGGCGUCCAGUUCCUGCAGAUCGCGGUAGACUCGUAUCGGAUAUCUCAGGUGGUCAAGGCCGGGGGAAUCAUCGAGUCCGGGUACGGGUACCUCCAGGUCUUGGCUCCCGGAGGGCUUCGGCUGAAGCUCUUGAGCGGCUCGAGACGAGACCCUCCCAUGUUCCUCGCCGUCAAGGUGAAGGACAUGAAGAGGUCGGUGCAAUGGUACACCGACGUCGCCGGGAUGACCAAGUUCCCGUUCCCGAGAGCCCGGGAGGCCGGCUCGCCCUUCGAGCCGGAGCAGCCCGCGGGAAGCGUCUUCAUGGCCUACGAGGGGGAGGCGUUCGGAGUCGUCCUUAUCCCCGCCGCGAAGGGGGACCAGAUCAACCCGGGCAGCGUCGUGUCCGUCGCGGUUCUGGCGGAGGACGUCGAGAAGAUCGCGGAAAGCCUGGGUGGGAAGGUCAGCGUGGACAGCGCGAGAGGAGGUGGAAAGUCCGUAGCUGUCGCGGACCCGGACGGGUACGGAGUGAAGUUCGUCGAGUACAGCGACUGGAGGGGGCAGCUCCCCCGUUUGGUGUAGGCCAUUCUAUCUACGUGACAGCAGUUGCGCCACUUUUAGUUUUUAGAGCAGAGAAGUUGUUCGAAGGUUGUGGUGUACGCUCUCUCGGGGCGGGGGGCGUCCCAACAAGCGGCAGGCAGUUGUGUAAAAUAGUUGGUCAUUAAAGCCUUAUGGCAAGUGAAUCCCCGAUACAGCCAGUAUUGGUGGUCAGUUUUUUUUGUUAGCUUGGGUGUUGAUUGAUGUUCAGACGUAUCACAUGCAGACAAUAUUACUACUGC